AUGUCCCAGCGCCAUAGGGGUAUUGGAUCUGUGCAACAUAACUACUCUGCUCAGUAUACCGAAGUCCGAACCAUGCCUAUAGGGAGGAAGGGCACAAUAGGAUUGUCUCGUAAGAAUCAAAGCGUGUCCAAAAACAUCUAUCUACCAAACACAAAGAGCUCCGUCAACGUAUGGAAUGCUCGUCACAACCACGAGGAAAAUUUAAGAAAACUUGUGGGUCGUCAAGACGUCACAGCGGAGAUGAGCGCUCUCAUCAGUAAGAUGAAUGACCUUGGCGACCACCAGACCCUCAGCGCAAGUGAUGCGGCGACGUGGGAGGCGCUGUAUUCCAUCUUCCAAGAAGCGGAGCAAUCUUUUCAGUUUUUAGAUAGAGAGGCUCGCAAGGAAGCUGUAGUCGGCCGCCUUCAGAACUUUCAGAGGGACACUUACGAGGCAUUCGGCAUCCUUUUGACCGCAAAUAUGCUCGUUCCCGAAGAUAGUGAGGGUCCACUGGAAAACAUUGUGGUUGAAACGAAGCCCCCUGGGUGUCUCACAUAUGCCAACUGGCUCAAAGGUAGUCACCCAACCGGUGCGGUUGCAGAGCGUGGGCACCGCAUCGAGUAUGCGGAAAUGGUGUUCGGGGCGUCGCGCGUUGCGACCGAACAACGCAGGGAUGACAGCGGACAGAGCAAAUAUAAGGAGGCUAAUGACGAGAAUGAGGGCAAAGAUGAUGAGAGUACAAGCCAGAGCAAGUCACCUGCACCAAAGUUGGAAGACGAGGAUGAGUACAAGGACAGGGACCGGCGUGCAAAUCGCGGCUCAGAGAGCAACAACAAGGGGUAUACUAGUAAAGAUCGCAGGCUCCCGAACAACAUCAAAGUCGUCGACUUCAAGGAUGGCAUUCGCAUUUUCAGCGGCUUGGAUCGUCUUUGCAGUACGGCUCCAGGCGUGAAUGCGGAUCAGCGCAUCAUGUAUGACGAACUCCUGUAUGACCGCUUGAAAGCCACGGGCCACACGACUAGGAGAUUCCGCUGGAAGCGAUGGAACAACGAACCCGACAGCUAUUUACGCUCUGAGCACUUCCCUAGACUGCGUGGUUCCCGUUUGAUUCUUGGUCCAUCACACUCGACCAACCAGGAGGAGCUGGCUUGUUGGCUCCGGUUCUUUAUCGACCACCAGAAUAAUCAAACAGAUGGAGCUGCAUGGCAAAAUGGUAUGGUGUUCAAAGAUUCUACACUUGUAACCACGAAAUAA